UACGCCCGUUUGAAGAGUCAGGUUAUUUGCAAGAAGAAUGAGUUACAACAGCAAAUGCUGGGAGCCGUUAAGAAAAGUAGGUAUCAUUGGAGUGCCUUUUGAAAAGGGGCAGAAGAAGUACGGUGUGAGCGUGGCCCCAGCUGCUAUCAGGGAUGCAGGCCUCAUUGAACAACUACGAGAAAUCGACCACCUCGACGUUAAAGACUAUGGAGACGUGGAGAUACAAGUAUCACCCAAGGAAAUGAACGUUAAAAUAACCAACAUGAGAAAUCUGCCUCACGUGUCUGCUUGCACCAGAGCGCUGUCCGAGAAAGUCUCCGAAGUGCUUAAUGAUGAUAGAAUCGUCAUCACUUUGGGUGGAGACCACUCUAUUAGUAUAGGCUCUGUCGAUGGACACUACAAAAAGCACGAAGACAUGAUUCUUAUAUGGGUGGACGCACAUGCCGACAUCAAUACCAACAAGACUUCGGAGUCGGGCUCCGUGCAUGGCAUGCCGGUAGCGUUACUAGUCAAGGAGUUAGCAGACUACUGGCCCUACCUGCCCACUAUGGAUUGGCAGAUUCCUAAAUUUUCAAUAAAGAACUUGGGUUACGUGGGACUACGUUCAGUAGAUAAAUACGAAAGAUUGGCUAUCGAAAAGUAUAACGUUCCCGCUUUCGCUAUGGAAGACGUUGAAAAACAUGGAAUAGCAGGAUCCCUGAAUCACAUUCUGCAAAAAUUAGACCCUAAAGGCGAGAAGCCUAUACACUUGAGCUUUGAUAUCGACUCUCUCGACGCUUUGGAAGCCCCUAGCACUGGCACUGCAGUUAGAGGCGGACUGACUCUGCGCGAAGGAAUAAACCUCAUGGAGAUGAUCUACUCAACCGGUCGGCUUAGAGCUAUAGAUCUUGUCGAAAUCAAUCCAGCCAUUGGCACAGAAUCUGAUAGGAGAAGAACAAUCGAAGCUGGUAUUGUAAUACUUAAAGCAGCUUUAGGGGCGCAUAGGAGAGGCACUGCCCCACGCGACGUUCUUGACUUACCGCUGCAAACUAAGAAGAAGCAUGAGGAGGCGAAGGAUAGAAAGCAUUAGGCAUUUAGUUUGGGAUAUUUUGCCUCCACGCAAUGAUCACAAAAACUCGUCAAAUACAAACGACCUAUAAUAUUUGUAAAAUAUGCGGGUGGGUUUUUAGUGCAGUCCUGUCAAAUUCUACUUCGAUAUUUGUAAUAAAACACAAUGUUUUGCUGAAAUACCCAAACACAGCAUAAAGAUAGCGAUGCAGCGCUAAUCGUCUAUCUGUGCGCUCGCGCGCGAUUUUAAGCAGCGAUGCAAACGUGAUGCAUGCGCACGACUGCAUCGAUAAAAACGCGCGAUUGCAUCGCAACACUUGGGAUUUAUAGGCGAUGUAUCGACACCGUCGCGCGUUUGCAUCACUGACAAGUCGCCGUGUGUGACCACUCUUAAAUCUUGUAUUUCGUCAACAUCAUCGCCUACAUAGUAAUUGUAUGUGUGAAAUGUAAGCAUUAUUUCAAUUAAUCAGUAUUCCCAUUAUCUGAGUGUUACUUGAAGUCAUCAUGUAACAUCUCAUCAUGUAUUCAAAUUUGUUG